GGCAAGCAGUCGUACUACUCCAAUGGAGGUGCCGGACUGUCCAUUCACUUCCCAGAAGACCCGAGGGAGAUGAUAGUGGGUGCUCCCGGGGUCUUGCUCUGGCGAGGAACAGUCAUCCGGUUCAAGGACAUAACGAAUGUAUUCUCUAUCGAUUCUUCCCGACGUCGUCGUCGUCGUCAGACAAUUGUAUCAGAACGUUCUAUGUUUUCAUCAGAGUUCGUGAUGAAUGCAAACAACACGUCCAUAGAGGAAAGUGAUCUUUUGGGCUACUCUGUGGCGUCCGGCAACUUCCUGUCACCCAAUAAAAUUCUCUACGCAGCAGGAGCCACUCGUGGAGCCAACUCUCUCGGGAGGGUGAUUUUAUUUGAUUUUCCUCAAAGUGAAGAUAUGAAAAUGAAAGAAAUCUAUAAGUGGGACGGCGCGCAGAUUGGAGAGAACUUUGGGGCAUCGCUUGUGGCUGCCGACAUCAAUGGUGAUGGAUUUAGUGACCUGGUGGUUGGUGCGCCCAUGUACUCCAUGCCCGACGCUUUUGAUAUGGGGAAGGUCGUGGUGUAUAAAACCACAAGUCAACAAGGCCAAGCCACAAUGGAAUUAUCAGACAGACAUUACCACGGAAGUGCCAAAGCCGAGGCGAGAUUUGGCACCACUCUGGCUGCAUGUGGAGACCUUAACCAAGAUGGAUUCCAGGACAUAGCAGUGGGUGCCCCUUGGGAAGACGGCCACGGAGCUGUAUACAUUUACCUUGGUUCCUCACAAGGUCUGAGGACGAGUUUUUCCCAGCAUCUCCUGCCGCAGCACUUCUCUGCACCUUUCUCGGGUUUUGGCAUGUCCAUCUCCAGAGGCAUCGAUAUCGACGGCAACAGGUAUCCUGACUUGGCCAUCGGCAGCUUCCUCUCGGGCCAUGCAGCAGUUUUGAAAAGUCGACCGGUGGUGGAUGUCUCAGCUAACUUAACCUCGAUGCCAUUAAGAGUAGCUCUCACUGAUACUUCGCUCGAAUUGCGUGUCUGUUUCAGCUACAUUAGUUUCAUGGACGAUUUAGAAGUCGGUAUCAAAGGUAACAUCACUUUAGACUACCAGUUCAUGUCUCCGCGAGCCUCCUUCCCAGACACCAACUCCAACAUCAAGGAAUUCAGGCUAAAAGACCAAAAGUGCAAAGACUACUUGAUUACACUGAAGGCGGAUAAGAUUGACGCACGGCAACCAAUUUUGGUGAGAGCUGAGUGGGAGCUGGACCAUUCCCAGUCUACUAAUCUUCUUUCACAACCGGUGAUGGAUCCCAGUCAGCCUACCACAGUGAUAAGACAGGUGGGCAUAAUUACAGGCUGCGAGAAGGACGGCGACAAAACCUGCCGUGUGGAUCUAGGAGUUAAAGCCACAUCUUCCAACCAAGAGACGGCAUCUGUGAUUGGUAGCGAAGACAAACCCUCCGUGACAGUAAGUGUGUCCAACAAAGGAGAACCUGCCUUCCUCCCCAGCGUUACAGUCAGAGCAGACCCUCCCCUCGCCCUGCUACUCCCCAGCACACACAGCUGUGACUUCCCUUCAGCAGACAGGUCCCUCCUCGUAUGUCAUCUCAGGAACCCAAUUAUGCCUGGCGAGAAGGAUGAAGUAAAUGUCACUCUAGACACGAGCCAACUGGACGAUCGAGCUACAAACAGCCCCUUCAGAGUGGAAGUGGCAGGCGAGGGCACGGAGACACGCCCUCAGGAUAAUGUCAUAGUUCAUAACCUGCACAUGGGCGCCAGGGCUUCUCUUGAGCUUUAUGGUUAUUCCAGAGAAGAGCAGAUUAUGUACCAACGCCUCAGGGACCAAAUUAACACACCGUAA